CUCAUCUGUCUACCUUGAGGACUCUGUGGAUUUUGCGAACUCGUCAGCAUGGCUGUGUUCUUCAGUGUGGCUCUCCUGGCUAUGACAUGUCCCUCGAUUGCGUUCGACAUGGGUCAGUCCACUCGUUGCGUCACCAUCCCCAACCAGAUGAAAGUCUGCAAAGAUGUUGGAUACUCUGAGAUGAGGCUGCCUAACUUCUUGGGUCACAGCAACCUGGAAGGCGAGGUGGUGCCACGUUCGGAGGAUUGGAGGCCCCUGCUGCAGACAGGCUGCCACCCUCAAGCCCAGGCCUUCCUCUGCUCCCUCAUUGCUCCUGUCUGUCUCGACACUUUCAUCCAGCCAUGCCGGAGUCUGUGUGUGGCAGUGAGGGACAGCUGUGCCCCGGUGCUCGCCUGCCAGGGUCACCCAUGGCCCGAGGCACUUGAUUGUGACCGCUUUCCUGCCGAGGAAGACAUGUGCCUCUCUCCUCUUGCAAAGUUUAGCCACUUUGCCAAAGACUUACCCAAACCUGCCUGCCAAAACUGCCCGUCUGUGGAGGAGGCUCCGGCAAUGAAAACAGUCUUGGAUGCUUUUUGCCAGAAUGACUUUGCUGUGACUGCCAAACUUCAUCGCCAUCGCCUACCUGUGACAGAGCCAGAAUUUGAGGUUGAGGGCCGUGUUGAGUUUAUUCGCCAGGGACCUCUCCUGCCUUACGACACGCAGCACCUACUCCAGCAGUGGCUCCUCAUCAACCUGCGAUGCGCUAACGCCCUCGUGCGCCCUGGACGCUCACAGCUGUACGUGCUGACUGGUUCUGUGCAGCCUGAUGGCACCCUCGCUAUCAGCCAACUCUUCCCUUGGCACAAAAGAGACGCUAACAUCGCAGUGGCCACUCGCAAGUGGAAGCACCAUAGAUGUUGAGUGAACUGAUGCUUACAUGUAAAAACUGGAGCUCUGAAUCUGUGUUUGAAGUGUAGACUCGCACAAGAACAAAUACGAUUCCACACCUGAAACACAGUUGAUUUAAGACAAAAUCAA